AUGUCGGCUUCUUUCAAUCACUCGGAUCAAACUCAGCACAACAUUCUAAUGGAUUCCCAAUCAACUCCUUCAGUUGUGAAAACUGUGAAAAUCAGCAAUGUGUCACUUGAUGUCUCCAAGAAAGAUGUCAAAGAGUUCUUCUCUUUCUCCGGUGACAUUCAAUACAUCGAAACUCGAAGUGAGACUCAAGAAACUCAAGUUGCGUUCGUUACCUUCAAAGAUCCACAAGGAGCAGAAACUGCAAUGCUCUUAACGGGAGCUGUCAUUGCGGACCAUCGCGUCAGUAUCACUCCCGCUGUGAACUACGAGCUGCCACAAGAAGCUCUUUCACUUGACUCUGCAGAUUCGUUCAAUGGCUUCACUGUCAAGAAAGCUGAAGAUGUGGUGAACAUCAUGGUGGAAAGAGGUUACGCUUUAGGAAAAGAUGCGAUGGAGAAAGCCAAAGCGUUCGACGACAGACACAACUUGAUGUCAAACGCGUCAGCAACCAUUGCAUCUCUCGACAACAAGAUGGGUUUGAGCGAGAAGCUAAGCAUAGGAACAACUGUGGUGAACGAGAAGUGGAGAGAGGUGGAUGAGAGGUAUCAAGUGAGGGAGAUAACAAAGUCUGCUUUAGCAGCUGCUGAGGAGAAAGCAAGCAUUGCUGGAGCGGCUCUAAUGGCGAACCCUUAUGUAUCAAGCGGAGCUUCGUGGUUCUCAAACGCGUUUGGCGCAGUGACAAAAGCUGUUAAAGGAGGUGAGAAUGGAGGAGAGGGAAGAAAAGAGAUUAUCCAACUUGAUGACACUUCACCUAAAGCUCCUGCUGUAGUUCCUGUUAGUUCUGUUGAUGCAGACCUCAACAAACCAAGUUUAUUCUAA